UCUAACGAUAUGGUUACCAAUCUCUCUCUCUCUCUCUCUCUCUCUCUCUCCUCUGAUUCAGAUGCCAUUUGGGUCUAUUUCAUAGCCCUUCCUUUUCAUUUCCUCUGUUUUUAGUGCUGCAGCCGACGGUUUUCCAAAACAGAGCAUCCAUGGCGGACGCCAAGAAGGUUGUGGUUAUGAUGCUUAAAGUGGAUUUGCAGUGUGAUCGAUGCUACAAGAAAGUGAAAAAAGUUCUCUGCAAAUUUCCUCAAAUUCGGGACCAGAUUUAUGAUGAGAAACAGAACCUUGUGAUUAUCAAAGUGGUUUGUUGUAAUCCUGAGAAGCUUAGAGAUAAAAUUUGUUGUAAGGGCUGUGGUGUUAUUAAGAGCAUUGAAAUCAAGCCCGCCGAUCCUCCUCCGCCCAAAAAGCCCGAUCCUCCUCCGCCCAAAAAAGCCGAUCCUCCGCCGGCUAAGCCUGACCCUCCGCCCCCUAAAAAAGCCGACCCACCACCGCCCAAGGCCGACCCUCCGCCACCGAAAAAGGCCGACGCACCACCACCGAAAAAGGCCGACCCACCGCCACCCAAGGCCGACCCUCCACCACCGAAAAAGGCCGACCCACCGCCACCCAAGGCCGAACCUCCACCACAGAAAAAGGCCGACCCACCAGCACCCAAGGCCGACCCUCCGCCGCCCAAAAAGGCCGACCCUCCGCCGCCCAAAAAGGCCGACCCACCACCGCCAGCCAAGGCCGACCCACCGCCUCCGAAAAAGGUAGACCCUCUGCCGCCGGCUCAACCCGAACCGUUCCCUGUUAACAUGUGCGUGCCGGUUCCCGGAUACCCACCGGCUUACCCGAUUGGGAUGUGCUGUAGUCAGUGCUAUGAAGGGCAGGGUGGGGGCCCAUGUUACAGUGGGUUUGGUAGGCCCGGCCCAUGUUGCGAUGGGUGCGCUUCUGGAAGGCCCAUUUAUGACAGUUACGGCGGAGGGAGGCCCUGUUAUGUUAGCCACUGUGAAUACCUCAACGAAGAAAAUGCAUCCGGGUGCAGUGUUAUGUGAAAUACGUGGCAGUUUGUGAAUGGUGGUGAUUAAUGCUCAUGUGCCUUUCACGGUCAUGAUAAUAAGGAAGUUGGAGCUGAAUUGCAUUACAAGGCACUUAAUGUUAAAUGUUGGUUAUUGGGUUUUGUAUAAUUCAAGUUCUUGUCAAAUAUAAGUGUUGGGAUUUAUGACCCAUUUAAUUUUAAUAAAGUGAAUUAUCAUUGAGUCAACUCGUCAGGUUGACUCCCAAGUGUUCGGUUCG